AUGGAGAGUGUAGACGCAAAUCGACUAAUCGCGAAUUGGGCCUGGCAUACAGCGUACUUCGUGAUCAACACACCCACCACUGGAGUGCAAUGGUCGAAUAACGCCGUAAACCCCAUUAAAUGGACGAAAGGCCUUCUAGACGGCGUGACGAGCAUAGACGUCGAACUCGCACGCAUGAACGAGGACGGCAUCAUCUUCGUCGCACGAGACGUGCCCGCGUCGACAUCGACAGGGGCGAUCAAUCUCUUCCUCCAAGACGUCCCUGCGGGCGACGACUACUACCUCCUCUUCAUCAACUCCACGCACGGCGUGAUGUACGCCGCCUCGCAGCGCUUCGCCAUCGCCGACUCGGGCAACGGCUCUGUGCCCUCGCCCGCCUCGGGCGCCGCGACCGUCACCGUCUCCGGGGGCCCGAACCCCACCGUCGGCUUCGCGACGACGUUCCCCGCGUCUGCGAAUAGCGUCGCCGCACCCGGAUGGAGGGCCGUCGAGGGCGCGCGGACGCAGCUGGGCGCGAUGGCGGGCGUGAUGGCGGCGUGCGUCCUUGGAGGCGCUUUUGCAGUGCUGUGA